ACAAGCGACGACCGUGGGUUGGGUAUUUGGGUCCUCAGUCCUGACUCUCAAAAACCCUAGCUACUACAUAUUUGAACAUCAUCCAUUCAUAAUCCCCCAAAAUAUCAAAAUAAAAAUAAAAAUGAUCAAAAUCAAGACGUCAGAGUAUGUACCGAUAGAAAUUCAAGAGGAAAUCCUGAAGAGGCUUCCUUUAAAACCGUUAAUCCAAUUCCGAUCCGUCUCAAAACUAUGGAAGCGUUUAAUUGACAGCCCCGAUUUCAUGGUCUCAUACGCUGUUCGUCACCCUCAGCCCGAUCGUUUCAUUUUAAGGUAUGCACUUCCUGAUUAUGAUCAUAUUGUUGAGGACCAAUAUGUGUUUUUUGUAGAUAAUGAUGAUGAAAAUGAUAAUGAUCAUAAUGGUUUUGUCCAACAAGAUAUUGUUCCUACCAUUCCUGACCUCAUUAAGAGAAUUGAAUCCAGUUCUAGUGUAGUCGGUAGUUCUCAUGGUUUGGUGUGCUUUGUCGGUGGUUACGAAUACCCUGAUGAUGACUCCUCUGGUUUUGAUGAUUUAUCUGAAUUUGAUGGAACAAAAAUGGUUGUUCUCUGGAAUCCUUCUAUACGGAAAUCCGUAGGUAUUCCAGUCCCAGAGAUGUAUGAAUCCCCAUAUGAUGACUAUGAGAUUGAUGAUGUUAUUGGUUUUGGGGUUUGUCCUGUCACUUUGGAUCCUACUAUUAUCAAGAUUAAAUUUAUUAACCGGAAAAUGAAUGAGAUGCCUGACAUUAGUGCCCCUUGGAUAGUUCGAGUUUUUACUUUGAGUACUGGGACUUGGAGUGUUCUAUCUACCAAUCUGCCUCGCGAAUCGAUAGGUUUAUCUACAGGUUUAUCUGGAAGGUCUCAGAUCGUUAUCGAUAGGUUUAUCUUUUGGCUUGCUUAUGAUUAUAUGCUUCUUGAUGCGGAAUCUCAAUCACAUUUUCUGAUCAUAUCUUUUGAUUUAAUUGCCAAAGAAUUUAAAGAGAUUAAUCUCCCAGAUAGUCCAACAAACGGGCUUCGUGAAAUUGAGACUAUAUCUAAGCUACGGGAGUGUCUUGUUUUGCUUGAAUUCCAUAGAGACUAUGAGACAGACCUAGAAGUUUGUUGUCUAUGGAUGAUGAAGAAGCAAGGGAUUAGUGAAUCGUUUACAAAGCUAUACACCAUCAACCUACCAGAUACCACAGUAAAUACAUUACUAGGAUGUAGGAAGACGGGUGCUCUUAUACUGGAGACACGGCAAGACUACGAAAACAAUGCCGAAGUUCAACUUUACGAACCCAACUCAGAAGCCAUUGAGAAUCUUGAGAUUCAUGGAGUUGAUAAUACCUUCUCUAUGUGUUCUUAUAAGGACUCUUCUCUGCUUUUGGUUGAUCAGUUAGAUGGUUAUAUAUAUCCGAUAAGUCACUAAUCACAAAUAGAUGAUCGCAUUAAAAGAUGCGGAUGGAUUUCCUAAGUGAUGUACAACAUCAGUGAGGGACUGAGGGCCACUUGUCAUUAGUUAAGUUUACAGCUUUGAACCAAAGCAUUUUGGUUACAGAAAUUUCCACUAUACUUUGUGAGCUAUAUAAACCUCGAUAGCAAAUAUGAGCAGCAGAUCAGUAAGCUACUCUUUGAUCAAAAUACAUCGGAAGCACUGACCAGCAACCACAACCAUUAAAGUUUUUAUUCCAUGAGCCUCAGCGUUUUUGAAUAGGAAAAGAUAACCUCAAAUUUGGGGGUUUUAUAUUAGAUGGCUUUUAUCCCAAUUUUUAAGAACGAACCCUAGCCUCAUCAGUCAUCACUGCAGUGAUUCCAAGACAGAUGAUUAUGGGAUAAGGUGGAUUCUUUGCAGCUCAUGGUUCGGGAAAAUUCUGAUAGCUUUUGUUAUCAUUAUGACAGGUUUCUAAUGUCAAUGUUGGUUGGUUAAGUUGACCCAGAUACCGAGAAAAAUAGCAUCUUUGAAUGUAUUACGUGAUUGGUCUAAUCCAGUUUCUCAUAAACGAUAGUUUGCCAUUGAAGAAAGAACGAGGGUCACUUAUGGAGCAUGUCGGGUUCCAAUCUAAACAGAAGACUUUCUUUAAUAUGAUUUUGAGGUGGAUAAUCCAUAGAAAAACUUCAAGGAGCGAUUAUCAUUCCAUUAGCAUGGAUAAAUGUAAAGAUCAUAUUCAUGUUGUUUUGGUAUACUUUUUUUGUGCAACAAAUAUCCUUGAAAUCUUUUGUAAUAACUAGGGGGUAAAGCUCGUGUCGCACGGCUUGGGUAAUAGCAUAUUCGUUUUAUGUUAUACAUGCAUUGGUUUACAUAAGAGAAA